AACAUCUGCUUCACUCUCCUCUUGUUUUGAUAGAAAACACACACCUGGCAUCCCUCACUGACAGGUGUGGUUGAAGCCAAGUUCUACAAGAUCAUUGCAGUGUGUAUGAAAGACAUGGUUUGUAAGGCACGGACAAAAAGAGUGAGGCCGUAUUGAAUUGAGAAAACACCGUGGAGAGAGAUGUGUCAGUAUUAGGAUACUGAAGAAGCCCAAGCCAAGAGUUCAACCACAUCAGCAGCUAGGAUGUCUGACCGUAAUGGUCUUGGUCCUCACAAGCAUGUUUCUGGUCCAAAGUCCUUUUUACAAGUGGAGCAAGAGAUGGAAGUUGAAUUGGGAAGACCUCCUACUAUUGGAGAAGUGUUCAUCAGAACUCAUACCAAGAAGGAUGGGACAUUUGUAUAUAGGAAGGCGCAGGAAAUCCAUGAGGCAUAUCUCAAGAACAAGGCAGCUAAGUUGGCUGCCCUGCAUGAGAAUGAUGAACAGUCUGAUGGUACUUCGCGUCGGUCUGAGCUGUCUCAUGAGGAGGAUGAUGAGAUAUUUCUUCAGGUAGUAGUCUUGUCUUUUGGUCUGUAGUCUACUUUUAUCUGUUAAGCACUAAUGUUUUUACUUUGUUUUGCAGUCUACUGUCACAAAUGAUAGAGGGGAUUACUUUGGAAUUGGAAGCUUAGGGGUUUACAUCAACGGGAAGCGCAAGUACGCAGGAAGCAGCUCUUCUUUCACAACCCUGCAGUCACAGCUUGAGGAUGCUAACCGCAAGAUAGAGGAACAAGCAGCUCUACAAGCUGCACGUGAAGCAGAGGCAUUGCGGGUCGCAGCAUCACAAGCAGCUGAGAUCAAGCAUUUGACGAUGGUGAAGAAGUACCUGAGUGAAACUGACCCUAAUUUCCUGGCCUUCCUCAAUUCCCAAUCAACUCCUGCUGCGGAUGAUCAUUCAGAGGUCCAACCAACUCCAACUCCUGCUGCUAAUGCUGAUGGUACUACUCCUGCUACUUAGCUGUGGUUCUUAGAGAAAAAACAAUUAAUUCAAAAAAGAAAUAAGAUAAACAAUUUAAAUUUUAGAAAACUUAAUAAUUAUUGCAAAUAAUAAAAUUUGAAACAUACAUGACAUACGAUUUAUAACAUACAGGACAUAAAACUUAAUACAAUUUCUUCUUCUUAUUUUUACCCUAAAACCAAUAGAAUUCCGACAUGUGGCGCCUCUUAACACUAACCAAAGACCUUUCUUAAUGUUUUAAACAAUUAAUGAUUUAAUUUUAAUCACUUUAAAUCUAAGAUUUGUCCUA